AUGUCGAGCGAAGAAUAUGAAUCGCCCGAAGGUUCGCCGUUGGGGACUUCUGAAGGGGAAGCUGGUGAUAGAACUCCCGUUUCAGAAGACGCUUUAGAAACAGAAGAUGCUGCGCCGACCACAUUUCCGUCUACGCCUUAUUCUAUGGCGCCAAAUAUUGCUUCUUCGUCCACGUCAAUUUCAGCUGAACCGCCUCUGACGCGACGACUACGACCACAAAAGGCAAAAUACUACAGAACAUAUGAUAUUGUACCUCUUUGCGCGGCAAUUCACGGCUGUCAAAUAUACGCGUUAGACGCAACCCGAAACAUGCGUUGGGUUUUCACAGGUGGCGAUGAUGGUUAUAUUCGAAAAUACGAUUUUUUUGGAUCGAUGAAUGGAAAACAAUUGUUGACGCAAAAUCAGAAACAUGCGCAAGUGGAGUCUGUCCAAAAGAACGAAGAACCAUUGCCACCAGCUCCGGUAGUCCCUACACCUGUACCUAAUACUCCUGUAGUGGUUAGUCAAGAAAAUACAAAUGGAAUUACUAAUGGGUCGAUUGCGGAGCCAUCUAAUUCACCGCAACCCGAAAUCGUGGCAGAGGCACCACUUCCCGAACCUAAAUUAUCAGCUGUUUACAGUUUAGCCGUACAAUCUGAAGCAAUUUGGUUACUAAGCGGCUUAGAGAGUGGAGGAAUUAAUUUGUUUACGGUUAGACAUGAAGAAGGAAAAUGUCAUCAUGUAUUGAAAGAACAUAAUGGUCCUGUAUCGGUAUUAAAAAUAACGCAAGAUGAAACUGGGUUUAUUAGUGGCUCGUGGGAUAAACAAGUAUUGUAUUGGGAUCUUAACAAUGGUCAAGUAGUCCGACGGUUUAUAGGCCACAAUUCACAAAUAACCUCAAUACAAUUCCGUCCAGUAUUACCAGCCUUCUCUCAAUCGACUCGCGAAAGUUCGCCCGAAUCAUACGACGAGCUUUUCAAUGACGAAGAUGAUCUCGUAAACUCAAAUGACGUCCUUUUAACUACGAGCAUCGACGGCCAUAUCAUGAUCUGGGACAAACGAGCCGAAGAACCAAUAAUAAAAACACUUGCACCGGAACGGACCCCGCCUUGGUCUUUAUCUGCUUGUUGGAGUGCAGAUGGUACGAAAAUUUAUUGCGGGAGAAGAAAUGGAACUGUUGAUGAAUGGGAUGUUCGCGCGAGAGCUGUGUUACGCGUGCUUCGAAUGCCAAAUGGUUCUGGCCCCGUUUCGUGUGUUGCUAGUAUGCCUAAUGGAAAACAAUUAAUAUGCGCGUCAACUGAUAAUAUCCGAUUAUGGAACUUAGAAGAGAACGAGAACAGUAGAUCGUCAGUUCCUUUUCUCAUUGUGGCGGGGCAUCAUGGAGGAACGAUAUCUCAAAUCUUAAUUGACGAACAGUGUCGAUAUAUGAUUACCACUUCUGGAAAUCGAGGAUGGGAGGGAAGCACUACUGAAUCUGCGUUGUUUUAUGAAAUUGGACCGGGUUGA